UUUUGCAAUACAUUUUGCUCUGCUUAAUUAAUUUCUUGUAUUUUUUUUUGCUAAAAAUGAGUGUUUUUAUUAUACCAGAGAAAGAAUUACAGAAUCUAAUAUGUGGUGAAUGUGGAAAUUACUUAUCAGUGCUACCAGUGCGCGAGGAUGAAAACAAAAAAUAUUGCGGAAGAUGCAAUAAAGUUGGUAAAACAUCUAAUUUUCAGAAUAAAUAUAAAAAUGGAUUGUUUAGAUGCAUAAAUCGAUAUGAUGGUUGCAAUAAAUUGCUCACCUUUGAGCAAACAGUACAACAUGAAGAAAUUUGCAAAUUUGCAAGUAAAAGUUGUCCAAUAUGUCCACGUUUCUCGUGCAACACUUUAUCACUCAUUUUACAUUUCUGUGAAUUUCAUCCCAAUAAUAUUUUAUACAGCCUUAAAAUAGAGUUUAGUAGAAUGGAGGACCAAAAGGAAACUUAUUUAUAUUGCUCGAUAAAUGAGCUUUGUUUCAUACAUGUAACGUAUGAAAAGAGUUUAAAUGAAAUGUGUUUUAGUACAGAGAUUUUGUCUUUAAAGCAAAACGUAUUCAAUCAUCAAAUUUGUAUUGAUAAAAUUAACGCAAAAAAAGUAUUUUAUAAAAGUAAAUGGACAAAUAAACCACUCAAAGUUAACCUUUUUAAUAUUACUAAGGUACAACCCAGGACUAUAAGUUUUAAAAUUGUUAUGCACUUUUACAAUACAGAACCCGUACUUGCAUUUGAUAUCAAACAGCCAUCAACAAAGGCUCAAAAAAGUUUAAAAGUUGCAUACACGGACAAAACAACUCAAACAGACAAUACAAGGGAGAUACCAAAAGUACUAAAAAAUAAACAUAUUCAGACAGAUACAAUUAUUGAAGUUAACACUACAAAAACAAUGGGUUUGGCAAAAUCGCAACAAAAUAAGGAAAUUCAAACAAAAACAAUUAAUGGAGUCGACUUAACAAAAGAUUUUAAAAUAAAUUAUCCCAAUUAUAUUUUAUCAAUUUGCGGAACUGCAUUAAUUUCGUCAAAUAAUACAAGAAUAGAACUUACAUGCUGUAACUGCAAUCAAUUUACAGGUACAAACGUGUUUUCCUGCAUGAAAAAGCUACACAUUACAUGUUGGGACUGCAGGGCCUGGUGUGUUAAUUGCAACGACAGGAUGGCUGGUUACAAUGCCGAAAUGUCAACUUUAAAUGAAGUUAUCGCGUUUCCUUGCAGAUGGAAUUGCGGCCAAAAUAUUCUGGGCGAUCUUCUAAGAACCCACGAAAAAAAUUGCAUCCAACAACCGAAAAUCAUAUGCCCUCUUUGUGGUGUAUUGUAUAAUGUACAGGGUGAAAACCAUUUUGACAGACAUUCCACCAAAUUAUUUAAAGAGUGGUGUUUUUCUAUAAAAAAUGUACAAGGAGUAUUUUUUAUACACGAUUUUCGUAUUUUUAUGUGUAGAGAAAGUAAAGUUGGGAAUGUACGAACGAUAAACAUUAGGCCAUAUGGAGAUUUCAAUUUAUAUAUGUAUUUAAUAAUCAAUAAUAAACCUUUUAAAAUACAACCUGCUCAAAACCUUAAGUUUGAGGAAAAUAUUAAUAAUUGCAAUGUUCAAUUUAUUUUAACUAAAACUAAUUUAACUUUAACAUAACAAAAUUAUUAUAUUUUAUUUUAUGUUAUAUAAUAUAUUAUUUAUUUAUACCUUUGUAACU